GCCAAACAAAAUAUCUCUCGGUCUUGUGAUUGGUAACAGGACGACCUCCUCAAGACCGCCAUCCAACAGAGCCUCAGCCAAGAGUACACACUUCGCAAUGCCUCUGGACCCAACUCUCAAGCUCCGCCCAGGCCGCCCAUCUGACGUACCCGCCCUGGCCGACAUCUUCCUCGAUGCCUUUUCAGGAAACCCCAUCGGUCAGAAUUUCUUCCCCCGCGACACGCCCUCCGCCCGCAGCUUCUGGACCAACACCCUGACCGAGGAGAUCCAUGAUCCCAAGGUCAACUUCCUCGUCGUUACCGCCACAAAAGACCACGCCAGCCCCUCUUCCGCGGACCAAGAUGAGCAGCCCAUCAUCGCCUUUGCCAAAUGGGUUCGGCCGCUCCCGCCAGGCACACCCCAGGCGCCUUGGCCCGCGGAUGACGAGUGGCCCGCGGACGGCGAUCCGCCGCGCGCAGCCGUCUUCUUCCGGAAGCUGGCGGGUAUGCACGAGGAGAUCAUGGGCGCGCGAGCCCACUGGUAUUUGGAGAUCAUUGUCACGCGGGCGGCGCAUCAGGGCCGCGGGGCGGGGGCCAUGCUGAUGCAGUGGGGUGCGGAACGUGCGGAUCGGGAGGGUGUGGAGUGUUAUCUGGAUGCGACGCCUGCAGGGAAGCCGCUAUAUGAGAGGUUCGGGUUUCGAGAUGCGGUGGAGACAUGGCCGUUCUUUGAUGAGCAGUAUCGGCACUCGUUCAUGGUGAGGAAACCGAAGGGGUGGCAGGAAGGUGUGAAUGAGUCGUCCUAGGGCAAUCUGACGGCGGCCCUUGGAUAACGGCAGUUCGUCCUCCGCUCCUAAGUGGAACUUCAUAUGUAAGGCAAGACAGGGCCCAGAAUUGCAAGACGCAAACUGAGGGUCAAGAAAAAAGACCAUCGCAACUCCUGCAACCAAUAUGUAGAAUAUGCUAUUCUUGUAAUGGGGCCUUGAUAACC